GCUGCUUACGACACGGGAAAAUGGCAAGGCCUUCUACUGCAGCAAGCCUCUGGAGGAAUCGGCUUCGGGUGGGUGGCUGUUGGAAGCAUUGCUGUCUGAGGAGAAGGCCUACAGCUGCAUGUCUCUGCUGCUGUGCCCCGCUACAACAAAGUGGUGCAAGUCGGACAUCGACAUUGAAGCGCCGCCGAAGGAGGCUUUUGUGAACCAGGCCGGGUGUAGGACAAGCGCAGACUUGCAAUUUGAAUUGGGUGUGGACACCAAAGAUGGCCAAGCUGAGCAUGGCAUAGAAGCAGCACUAGAGCUCGGAGUCUGCGAAUUAGAUGGCCAUGAAAUGCGAUGGCGAAGUCGUCGCUACGUCUUUGCCAUCACGCAGUAUCGAGGCAUGCUCCACUUGCCCGCGUCUGACGAGACUGUCUUAGUUUCUUGGGCAAACGAAAGCAUGCUCGGUCACUGGUGCUCACCACAACCCGUAAGUUACGUCCAGCAGAUGCUGAGCUGCAAGGUAAAGGGGAACCUUUGUAUCGACCCAAUUCUGGGCAAGAAAAUGGUGCUGCCCUUCGCAUGCAUCAAAGCUCGAAAACAGGGGAGGUGCGACGAUCUGGGGUAUGGUAUCGACGUUGUGCGCACCACGACCAGGGCCGUAAAAACACCAGGUGUCUUGCGGGUCAGCGCCGUUGCAAGCGCAGAUUAUGUUGACACGUUGAAUGACAGAUACCGCAAUUACACUA